AUGCCGAUAUUGUUGUGCUGUAAGUUGUUUAGCUGUGCUGGAUGCCGAUAUUGCUGUGUUGUAAGUUGUUUAGCUGUGCUGGAUGUCGAUAUUGCUGUGCUGGAUGCUGAUAAGGCUGUGUUUAUGGUGAGGCCACAGUAUGAUCAGAUAGCCAGGGCCAUGGAGAUGAUGGCCAUGGCGAUGCAGCAGCAGACUGCACACUUUGCUAGGGUGGAUGCCGAGAGAGCUGCAGCUGGUGCAGCAAGAUCUACUGAGUCUCAUGCAAGCAGGGAUAUGGCUGAGUUUAGGAAGUGUAGUCCUCCUCAGUUUAGAGGUGAUGCAGAUUCGGAUGUGGCUGACCACUGGAUUUGCGAGUUGGAGAAGAUAUUCUCAGUUUUAGGCUGUUCAGAGGAGCGGAAGCUUGCCUAUGCAGUGUAUAUGUUGACAGGAGAGGCAGAGUAUUGGUGGAGAGGUACUAGCCAGAUGAUGUUUGACCAUGGAGUGGUUGUGGACUGGGUGUUCUUCAAGAGGGCUUUCCUCGAGAAGUACUUCCCAGAGAGUGUCAAGCAUGCUCGGGAGGCAGAGUUUAUGAGAUUACAACAGGGGGGAAUGUCGGUGACCGUGUCCGCCAUGAGAUUCGAGCAUUUGGCACUCUUCUACACCCAAGCCAUCUCUAAGGCGAAGGUUGUGGAGGGAUUAGAGAGCGUCGGCAAGCCGACGAAGACUGUUGGUGGGCCAGUUGGGUCCAAGAGUGGUGGUGGUUCUCAGAGGAAGCCUUAUGAUAGGCCCCAAUCCCAGCAAGGGGGUGCUGUCAUAAGGAAACCUACUGACAUAGCUAGGAGUGGGAGUCAGAGUGGAGCUGCUACUCUCAGAUGUUAUAGAUGUGGAGGAGCUCACACAGUCAGAGAAUGUUCCCAUCCAGGGAAUGUUUGCUUUAGAUGUGGCAGGCUAGGCCACAUCUCUAGAGAUUGUCAAACACCGCCGACUUCAUCUGGGAGUGCCCCGAGGCCACCAAGGCCUACAGCUGCAGGGAUAGUGUUUGCAUUGUCAGGUGUAGAGGCUUCCACUUCAUCAGACUUGGUAAAGGGGAAGGGGAAGGCAGCAGGUGAGGAUGUUUUAUUUUUGUUCGACUUUGGUGCCACGCAUUCUUUCAUUUCUGUUGAUUGUGUGGGGAGAUUAGGUUUAUCAGUAUCUGCAUUGCAUGUUGAUUUGUCUGUGUCUACUCCGACUUCAGUUUCUGUAGUGACGUCGAAGAUGUAUUGUGCUCGGAGAGAUUUGGUAUUUCCUCAUUUGGAGGAUGAGGUGUUAGUAUCAGCGGGUCAGGUUGAGCAGUUAAUGAGGGAUGGAGCUGAGUGCUUCAUGUUGUUCGCUGCUUUGAGUGUUGAGAUAGAGAGGGCCAACACUGGGAUUGAGAUUGUUAGUGAGUUUCCUAAGGUGUUUCCAGAUGAUGUGCCGGGAUUGCCACCUAUGCGUGAUGUUGAGUUUAUCAUUGAUCUAGUACUCGGUGCAGGACCAGUAUCAGUGGCUCCUUAUAGGAUGGCUCCAGCUGAGUUAUUAGAGCUGAAGAAAUAG